AAUAUUGCAGUUGUGAUUUUGGAUAUUGUGUAGGUAACAGUUGAGAUUUUCCGUCGAAAUGGUUCAAAUAACGGGAAAAUACAAGCUUGCGGAGAAUAAGAAUUUCCUUGAAUUCUUAUUGGCAGUGGGCAUGCCAGAAGACAAAGCAAAAGAGGGAAAUAAAAUUGCUGGAACAUUAGACGUUAAAAUCGAUGGAAAAAAGAUUUCGCUGGCAAAUGACACACCUCCAUAUGUCACCAAUUUAGUCCUGGAUGAAGAGGUUGAUGAAAAGUUGGGAGAAGACCAAUUCAAGAGUACAGCGACACUAAGCGGCAACGUCAUUACUGUAACUUCCAAGACAAAAGAAGGUGAACUUGCAGCAACUAGAACCUACACUUUCUCUGACAGUGAAUUAGGAACGACAAUCACCGCUUAUAGAGAUGGUAAGACCGUUUCAGCCUCACGUAUUUACAAGAGAGUUUAGACCGAUUUUCUGAGACACCUAUCCAUUGGAAGAAUGUAAGGCUAUGUUAUUUUUCAGAUUUAAAAAUGUUAUUUAAUAAAAUCAUAACAAGAUUA